CAAGAUAUUCAACACCAAGCGUAAGUUAUUCAAAUAGUCAUUAGUUUAUUUAAUCUAACACUGAAAUAUGUGUCCACAUUUAUGUAUAAUUUGUCAGUUACAGAGACAGUUGAAUAUAACAAAUCGUUGUGAUUGGCAAGUUGUACAAGCUUUGUGAAAUGAAAGUCAUCAUUGUUAAGUGGAGUUAACUACAAGGAGUGGAUAAUUGUGGUGCAAUAUUGAGAAUGGACCAAAGUUGUAAGUGUGAACUUCAGAGACCAAAUUGGUAAUAAAAGUAAAAAAGACUUGACACGGAGAGAGGGUCAUCAAUAGUGUACGUGGCGACAAUCAAUCGAAAUAUUAUAAUUCGAUAUUGCGAACAUAGUCAGUCUUCGCAAAAUUCCCUCUUUUCUUCAUGAAAUUUAACCGCCAAUGCCGUACUCAGUUGUGUUUAGCUUUGGGAUAGUUUACUGUAGUUUUAGUAAGAAGCACUGCCAAAUUAUUGAGAUUUCAUGAGUGGUGAAGUGGUAUUCAACAUUUCGCUCAGUUUCACUAGUUCCGUAGCGGUUUGUGAAGUGAUUAACUGCAAACAGAUAAAAACGUUUUAUUGAAAUACUGAAACAGAUAAGUGUUUAUCAUAAUUUACACUGUGGAGCUCAGUGGCCAUUAUAUAUCCCACACAAUGGGCACAAAUUGAAGAACCGCGAUGGUGAUCGAACGCUGUUAUGUUAUUGAUACAACGGCACGGAUAAGUAGGUAUCAUUUCCAAGUUUUGAUUUGAUAAUUCCGAAUAAAUUGAGGAUUGAGUAGAUUUUUACUAAUGAAUAAUAUCUCGAUAAUAUCCCAAUGAGUAGAAGAAUUAGAUAAUCUGACACCUAGUAAGCCAGUUCAUCAGAGAAUAAAUAACCGUAUUAAAAUUGAUCGAAGUUGAAACAGCACUUGGAUUCGUUUUAAUUCGGUUAUUUAUUCUCUGAAGAAGUGGCUUGCACUAACCAUCAAAAUAUCUGAUUUUUCUACUCAUUGGGAUAUUACAUAUAUAUUAUAUAUUUGUGACACUGAAAAGUGUUUAUCAUAACUUACAAUAGGAUACUCAUCGCUCAUCAACGAUACCACGCGUAGGACUUGGCCACUGAUUCGUCACACAAUAGUCUCAGUGUUUAACUUUAAUCCGUCUACGAUAUUGUAGGACCAUCUCACACGAUACUGAAAACACACUUUCCAGUGAACUUCAAUUAUAAGAAUGACAAUUGGAAAUAUCUCCGUUAUCGUUGCAAUAUUUACAACUCUAUUACACAACACUUGCAAAGCUAUGAAGGAAUAUUCACUUAAAACCACCAUCACACGGCGUGAUGAUUUGGCCAAUCGAACUCUCUUCAACUUCACUGAUUCUAACACAACUGCGUUUGAAAAUUGGAUUGAGGUAUCAGAUGGAGGGAGAUCUAAGGCUACACUAGUAAAACUUAAAGGACAGAAUUAUCAAUCAGGGAUAUUCUUCUAUCUUCUCACUCCACUAAAAAAUGGAUCAAGCUUUGCUGGAGUCCAUUGGAUAGUGCCUGAUCGUGUUUUGCCAGAGUAUGACGGUGUGAUAAAUGACCUACAUAGACAGGGUCCACAUUCUCGUUUCAGAUUGUUCUAAGGCGAAUGUUCGGACACAAGCAAUUGUGUAUCAUGUGAGUCAGUCUUCGAGACGUCUGGAGAACGAGAAAAAGUGAAAAUACCAUUUCGUAAUUCUUCUGCAUAUCUUCAUGGAACACCACUAUCUAAUUCAAAGUGCUCAGGAUUAACUCAUAAGUCACAUAUCGGUAUAAAAGUAUAUGUAGGAAGCAAUGAGCCGGAGAACCAAUUUGGUCCAGGUUCCAUUGAAAUAUUCACAAUUUCAGCAUACAAGGAAGGUCAAAUGCUAUCUUAGAGAAAUCAAGCUUAUAUGAAUUCCAGACUAUUUGAUGUCUAAUACUUAUUUAUUCUGUGACCGUGUUUAGUUUGUAAUAAGUAGCUUUAUAAAUAAAUAUCAUACGCCUACCUGGGAGGUUUGAAUGUUUUCAUGGGUUUCUUGGAAUUCAUAUAAACAACAAUGAUGGCAAGCGUUGAUGAGAGUCAGGUAUUUGAUUGAACACGUAUUCAAAUGAUUGAGAACAUUUAUGCGUUAGCUGUUCAUGGACCUUCAGGUGUAUAACAUACAUCAAAAAACCGUUUAAUUCCGGGCUUCAAUAUGAAUGAUUAAUUUCAAAAACUUGAACUUCAGUGAAAGAAAUUCUUUUCCACGAACUUAUUAUCAAGCUGUACAGUCGUAUAUGGAUAUGAAAAUCAUUUGUUCUAGUAAACGUUCCAUGAGAACAUAUGAACUGGGAAUAAUCGUGAUUACGUGAUCGAUUGACUGCAAUACUGGGUCACAUAAUGCAAAUAUAAACAACAAACUUGAAGCGGUGGUAUCGAAUAACAGUGCAAAUGUAGUAAGAUUAUUGUAACAGUGAUAUCAGUUUAAGUGUAAUAAAUUUAACUACAUACGUAUGUUAAUUAAAAAACACAAGGAGGCCAUCAAUGAAAUCAGUGAAGGCGAGAAUUAGAUAUUCACGGUAACCGAAUUUAGAACUGCAAGUUUCCAACUUAACGAAUUUUAUUUCAUUGACAAGAUGAGAAACAUCUUGAAUGACUAUCACAAUCUUUAGAAACUGAAUCACCAAUCCAGGUAGCUUUCCUAUGUUUCUUCCUAAUGACCCGUCGUUUCGUCUUGUAAACAGAACGUCUAGAAAAGCUAUUCUACCUCUAUUUUGUUUCUCACAUGUGAACUUUAUGGACGUGAGAAAUUCAUUGAAUCUCUCAAAUGCUUCUAUCGAAACAGUAUGCUUAUUACAAAGCAUGGACGUAUCGUCCAUAAAUAGGCAACAAAAAGAAAAUUUGUCAGUCUUUUGUGUCAGUGGACCAUAAAUAUUAGUAAUAAUUCAC